CCACGUGAUGCGAGAGAUGUUAGAGAGCAGCCAUCAUCAUUCCACCUACUGCAUGUCCAGCCUGGAAUGGUACAAGGUGAGGCGACCAGGAAACUAGGAUGGAGUAGGACGGCGAAGAACCUCAGCCCUCGCCACACUGGUUUCUUCCACGCCGCUUUUACAACUCGGCAAGGUAGGCUUCAAAAAACACCUGGCCUGCCUACAACUGCUGACACAGGCCUGCAACCUGCUUCUUUGGUAGCAGUAGCACAGUGGAGAAGAGGGUCUGAGGCUCAUUACUCCCCCCGUUUGUGUUUGUGGAGGGGGGAGGGAGGAGGUAGGGGGAGCUGCUACAUCCACCCAGAGCAUGGGGCAGAAGGUCCCAGGUGGCAUAAAAACCAUUGAUAUGCGGGAUCCGGCAUUCAGCCCCCUGAAGCUGGAGCUACAGGCCCUGAGCCACACCAAACCAGCGCGACUGGAUCUGCUCCUGGACAUGCCACCUGCCAGUCUGGAUGUGCAGGUCCAGCACUCGUGGAACAAUGAUGACCGCUCCCGAAACAUUUUUGUAAAGGAUGACAACAAGCUGGUGUUUCACAGACACCCUGUGGCUCAGAGCACAGAUGCAAUUCGCGGUCGUGUUGGUUACACAAGGGGACUACAUGUGUGGGAGAUCAGCUGGGCCAUGCGUCAAAGGGGCACGCACGCUGUGGUCGGCGUGGCAACAAGCGAUGCCCCGCUGCACUCAAUGGGAUAUACAGCAUUGGUAGGAAGCAACACAGAGUCCUGGGGUUGGGACUUGUGCAGAAGUAAACUCUACCAUGAUGGAAAGAAUCACCCAGGGAAAACCUACCCGGCCUUCCUCGAGCCCGACGAGACCUUCAUUAUACCAGACUCCCUCUUAGUCGUUCUAGACAUGGACGAGGGGACUCUGGGUUACAUAGUGGAUGGACAUUAUCUCGGGGUGGCAUUCAGAGGACUUAAAGGCAGAAAGCUGUAUCCAGUGGUGAGCGCCGUGUGGGGACACUGUGAAAUACGAAUCCGGUACAUAAAUGGACUUGAUCCUGAGCCCCUCUCUCUAAUGGACCUGUGUAGGCGGUCAGUGAGGGUGGCAUUAGGACGAGAGCGUCUGAGUGAAAUCCAUAGACUGCCUCUUCCAGCUUCUCUCAAGAACUACCUGCUCUACCAAUGACAGCUCCGACAGCCACAACAUGCAGCACACCUUCCUGUCUCUCAUGUUUCUCUGGGAUCCUUCUUGGGCUGAACUCGUCUGACAACAUAACUCAAGUCUCCAGGACUGAGUCAUGGAUGAUUCAACAAGUAUGCUUGUCUGUCAGUGGCUGGACUCCAUAUGCGUUUCUUAUCUUGUUUUUAUGACUCUUUGCAAUUGUAUUCUCUAACUUUAUUAAAAGAAAAAAAAUCAGGAAUCACUGAGCACUAUGCACAUGUUGACGCAGACGAUGCCCCGACAGUCGCCACUUUGGUGCACCUCAUUCAGUUUGCAAGUUGAUGUGGCAUAUGUGGUCGGUACCUCAGCUGUGAUUAUGAAUUUGUCUCUUGUAGUCUUUUAAAUUUGUCAUUGGCUGUAUAAAAUAAAUUUGUAUUUGAAAUAAAACUUUGGGUUAUUUAGGUGCUUUGGGGCACUGCCACCAUCUGACCACAGGGUGACAGCAAAGUCCCUCAUCAACUCCUUUUUAAAGUCAGAAUUGGAAGAAAAAAAUCCAAGCUGUAUUCAGAAAUUGGAGUUUUUAAAUGGUAAAUGUCAAAGGAAAUAUUAUUGACCACUUCAUUGUGAGUCUGUAGUGCAGUGUGGAUGAAUGCACUGUGAGGCAGCUGAGGAGCAGCUCCAACGACCCUUCACUGCACUAUCAGAUUUAUGUGAUAAGCAAGUUGUUUACCAUUGAGGCAUCCGACAGGAACGACGUCAGCAGAAACUUUAAUGGAAAGAUAAUGUCACUGUGAUUAUUUGUAGCAUGCAUCUGCAGGAAACUUUCUCAAUACAGUCACAAUGUCUCUUUGUUUUUUCCCUUAUCUUCUGGUCACUCCUGCUUUUCGUAGUGCAGUAGUUUUUAAGGUCGAGGCCCAGGACUGUACGGGUUUUUAUUUCAACUGAUACCUCCACUGGCUGAUUGUUUACACAAAGAACACCAGCAGUGUGUUUAGCAGGUGGAGUUAUUGGUGUGAAUGACCUCCUGAUAUUUUUUGGGUCUCACUGGCUCAUAGCUGACAACCAUCGAUGUCGUGUUUGUGUUUUAUGACAUGUAAAAGGGGGAAAAGGUGUCUAGGAAAUAAAGACUAUAUACAGGACCAGUGUGGUGCCUUUUUGAAAUCGGCACACUUUAAAUUUAAGGCACCAUCAUGACAAAAAGACAAUCCAUAAACUGUGCACAAAUGUAAUAAAACAGGUCAUAUUGCCAAGAUGUUGUGACACGCCAUAUAAUUCACCUGUUCACUUUAGUAUUUUUAAAUGUGCAGAUGUAAUCCAUAUUCAGCCAUGCCAUGUGCUGAAUGUGGACUUACUGUGCCAUAAUUUCUCUUUUCCUGGCUUGCAAUUUCCAUUUUUUAUUUGUAUUCUCUGGUUGUAGAUUUGUUUUAAGUAUCUAUUAAAGUCUCUAUUAAAAAUA